AUGACAGAGAAAAGAGUCGCAGAGAAUGUGGAGGCGGGCGUCGAAGACGCACCACAGGCUAAACGAUUGCGGACGGACGAAGCGAUGGAUGAGGACCGCAACGCAACCGCCGCGACCACUACACAAGCUUCGACGGAAACGGCUACAGUGAUAACUGAGGAUUCCUUAAAUGACAUGGACGAAGGAACAGAAAGCGACGCUGGGUCCCAGGUUGGCAGCACCGAGAAGAGGAAAAAGAAGUUUGACACUCGACGUCGCCGAAAAGACAAGAGCAACACUGACGGCAAGCCCAAACCCGCACGGAAUAGACGACGUGCAACCAAAGAGGAGGAGGAAGCGAAUAGGGAAAAAAGGCGACUUGAAGAAGAGCAAGGACUCAGACAGCCUCGUCUGCCAAAACGUCAGUCGGCGCUGCUUAUUGGUUUCUGCGGGUCGGGAUACAGUGGAAUGCAAAUCCAGCCGAUGGAUAGCGUGAAGACCAUUGAAGGUGUCUUAUUCCAAGCCCUAGUCAAAGUAGGCGCGGUGUCGCAAGACAAUGCAGAUGACCCUGUCAAGGUCGCAUUAGCUAGAGCUGCCCGUACAGAUGCGGGCGUCCAUGCAGCGGGUAAUGUGGUUUCCAUGAAGAUGAUUUCAACAAUCCCAGGUGUACCAGAUCUUGUCGCCGCAGUCAACGAACAACUGCCCCCUGAAAUCAGGUUCUGGGGUUUCGUUCGCACCCAAAACUCGUUUAACGCGCGAUUCCGGAAAUAUACCUACUUCUUCCCCAGCUACCUAUUGAUCCCUCCCAAACCCGGAUCCGGCCUCGACGAACGGCUGAAAGCCUUCAACGAAUCUCUAGGUGACACCGUGCCACGGCCAAUCCAUCCAUUCUGGGCGGAUGCCCCCGGAAACUCGACAAAGGAGGAAGAUCUUAUUCGCAAACGGCGAUGGAGGGUGGAUUCUGGACCCAUUGAGCGGUUACGGGAAACCGCGAGGCGAUACGAAGGCACCCAUAACUUCCAUAACUUCACUGUUGGACGGGAUUUCAAGGAUCGCAGUAAUUUUCGAUUCAUGAAGUCCAUCACGAUCGAGGACCCUGUCGUCUACGGCGAGACGGAGUGGAUUAGCGUUCUUUUCCAUGGGCAGAGCUUUAUGCUCCACCAGAUUAGAAAAAUGAUGUCGGGCCUCGUAUUGUCAUGUCGAACAGGUGCUCCUCCUGAAGUCAUCGACCAGCUAUACAACGAAGAACAAGUCUUCGUUCCUAAGAUGCCUUCUCUCGGUUUGUUAUUGGAGGAGCCCCUCUUCACAUCCUACAACAGUAGGGUGGCCAAAAUCAACACCAAUCUCAAGCCCGAGGACGCCGACUACCGCCCACCAAUUGACUUUGAUCUGCAUCGCGAAAAGAUGGCGGAAUUCAAGGAGAAGUUCAUUUACAAGAACAUGCGAGAAAUAGAGGACCGCGAUGGAUUAUUCGACGCGUGGAUCCGCUCCGUCGACUGCUACUCCGGAGACGACCUCCUCUACCUCAACUCUCAAGGAACAGUCCCAGACGCCUGCGUCAUCAAGAAAGGAGUCAGGCGAACCAAUCCUUUCAGAGAGAAGCGGGUAUUCGACACGACGUCAUUCCCUACGGCAGACAGGGUGAAAAAGCAACUUGAGGAGAGCGACGGAGAAGAGGUGGAAGAGGAGAUCAUUGACAAGAAGAUGCUUGCGGAGACCGAGGGUUGA